AUGUCGCAGAGUUUGGAGCUGAACCAGCGUCACCACGUCAUGCACCUGCCGCCGGAGGUUGAGUGCGGUCCGAAGGCGUGGACGGUGUUGAAGGAGCUGCACGCCCCGAUCUCCGUUGUUGCAACAUUGAUGCUGAAGAGGGAGCUGUCCGCGUUGCGCCUGAGCGAGGGAGAGCCGGUGCAACCUGUCCUGGACAAAUUGCGCGACCUCUACGCGAAGUUGGCGACCGCGGGAAUCACCUACCCAGAGCAGACCAAGUGCCUGAAGAUGCUCUCGCUGCUGCCGGAAUCGUGGCUUCAAUUCACGAGCGGAUUGAGCCUGCCGCAGAACCAGAGCUUGUGGACGCUCGAGUGGGAGCGGACGAAGAUUCUGGAGGAGGACUUCCGUCGCCGCCAACUGAGGGGUGGAGACGACGGCAGCAGCGGCUACGGGAUGCAAGGGAGCCGACGUGCCAAAGGACGUGGCUUCGGUGGUGCUGGACGCGGUGCAAAGAAAGACGACGACUCCAACGACCAACAAGGAGGUACCGGUUGGGGUCGCGGUGCGAAAUCUGGACGUGGGGGCAAGUCAGGUGCUGGUGGCAAAAUGAAAGGGAGUUGCUGGUAUUGUGAGAAGGAAGGGCACCCCUGGUUUUUGUGCUAUAAGAAACCCGAUGGAUGGACCCCCCAGAAUCGUCACCAGGAUGGCGGCGCGCGGAGGAACCAGAAAAACGGCGCCAACAUGGUCACUGAUUCGUCCGACAACAACCCGAAAGGCAACGGCGGUGCGGAGAAGAAGAAGGAGCGCACCGCGGGCCAAUUCUUCCAUGUUGGAGACAAGGGGGAGCAAGGAGACGCAUCUGCUAAGGUUGGAGCAGAGCUGCACCCCCUGGACUAUUGGGUGUUGGACACGGGUGCUGCUUGGACAAUGACGCCGCGCAAGGACCUGCUGGACGACGUACGCGCUGCACCGAUUAACGAGGUGUGCUCUGCCUCUGGACACAUGUUGAAGGUGGCUGGUGCGGGACAAACUGUGUUUAAGGGAGCGGAUGGCAAGCCGGUGGUGCUGCACGACGUUCUCCUCGUCCCCGACCUGAAGGCCAACCUUAUCUCCCUACGUAAGCUUGGCAAGGCUGGGCUGAACACCAACACAGAUGGGGCUCGCACUUAUAAGGGGAAGCUGGGCAAUCGGGUGCUUUGGGAUCUGCACGAGAGCAAGGACGUGUACAGAUCUAUGUGGCAGCUGCCGGCGCUGGCGUGGCAUGGUGGGGGGCAGGCUGGAGAGGGGUCUGCAUCCCAGGGGGAGUGCAAUGCCGUUGGAGGGGUUGGUGUGAAAGUGUCGGCCAGAUCUGGUGAGACGGAUUGGGCAACUGCACACCGACGUUUGGGGCAUGUGGCAAUGCCUUUGCUGAAGCAGCUGGAGAAGGAUGGAGCCGUUAAGGGCUUGAAGCUGAACGGACAACCACCUGAUGAUAACUGUGAAAUUUGCCUCCUUUCAAAGUUCACCCGUUUCCCGUUCCAUAGUGUGGCUGGCAGGAGCAAAAAGCCGUUGGAGCUGGUCCACAUGGACUUGGUGGGGCCGCUGCCGGUUGGGGAUGACUCGUGGGUGCCGUUGGAGAGGUGGCUUGGGAGGAAGCCGCCGGUGGACAUGCUGAGGGUGUUCGGUUGCAUGGCAGUCGCCCAAGUCCCCAAGACCUACCGCAGUAAGUUGGGGGCGAGUGCAAUCUGGUGUGUGCAUUUGGGGCUGGCUUCUGAGAGCAAGGGAUGGCUGCUGUGGGAACCUUCCAAGGGUGUGUUGUUUGACAGCAGGGAUGUGAAGUUUGUUGAGGGCAUGAUGUAUGGGAGCUGGGAGAAACAGCCGGAGGCCAGGGUGUCCCAGCAGAUGGAGCAGAUCACCAUGCAGCUGGACCUGACUCCUAGUGUGUGGGAGGAGGGAGAGGAGGCAGCUGCAGAGGGUGGUGAUAAAGAGAAGGUGCAGGAGGCACCUGCUGGUGGAGGUGAUAGUGUGGAGACUAGCGGUAGCACUAGUGGAGCUACUGGAUCCGAGGGAGGAGAACAGCAGCAGGGAAAAACUAAGAAGCCGAAGGGUGUCGUUAUGAAGGGAUGGGAGACACCGGUCUCCAGGCCAGGACGUACCCGUAUGGCUACUAAGAAGCUGACUGCAGGAGCUGAUGUAGCGGAGCAGCAGCUUGGGACUGAGGAGGCAUUGCUGAUUCUACCGCAUGGCUAUAAUCCGGAUGAGGAGGAUGAACCUGCCUACUGUUUUCUUGCCCCUGCACCAGAGGAACCAGCUAGCAUGGAGGAGGCAUUAGCUGGACCAGAUAGGGAGAAGUGGCUGGUUUCCAGGGAUGCUGAGUACCAGAGCCUGCUAGAGAAUGGGACAUGGGAGCUGGUGGUGCUGCCUGAGGGGAAGAAAGCCGUACAGUGCAAGUGGGUGCUAAGGAUCAAGACCGAUGACAAGGGACAGGUCACAAUCUACAAGAGUAGGCUGGUGGCUAAGGGGUUUAUGCAGAAGGAGAAGCGGGACUUCAAUGAGAUCUUUGCUCCCACAGCUAAACCCCCUACCCUCCGUGUCUUGUUGGCAGAUGCAACCGUUAGUGGGAAAUUCAUCAUUCAGAAGGAUAUAUCAACGGCAUUCCUCAAUGGGAUUUUAGAGGAGGAUGUGUACAUGACGCAGCCACCUGGGUAUGAGGAUGGUACUGGCACGGUGUGCAAGCUGAAAAAGUCCAUCUACGGCUUGAAGCAGGCACCACGCUGCUGGUACCAGAAGUUGGCAGCUGUUUUAGAGGAGAUGGGAUUCAGGACCAGCAGCUGUGAUGAGAGCCUCUUUCUCAAGGGGGAGGGGGAGAAGCUGGUGCUGUUUCUGGUCUAUGUGGACGACAUUCUUCUUUUUAGCAGCAGCAUGAAGGAGAUCCAGAAGGUGCAGCAGCAGCUGAUGGAGAACUUCAAGUGCAAGAACCUUGGGGAGGUAAAGUACUACCUCGGGAUGCACGUGGAGAGGGAUCUGGAUCACAGGUGGUUGAAGCUGCACCAGGAGAAGUUCAUCAAGGAGCUUGGGGAGAAGUACGGAAUUGAGAAUGAGCGCAAGGUUGCAACUCCCCUGCCAGCAGAAUUCAAGCUUGUGAAAGCUGCAGAGGAUGAAGGGGUUGAAGCCGAGGAGCAGCAGCAAUUUCAGUCCUUGGUGGGCAGCCUCUUGUAUGCAGCAGUUCACACGAGGCCCGACAUCUCUUUCUCGGUUGGGCAGCUGGCUAGGGUGGUGCAGAAUCCAUCAGAGGAGCAGGUGGAUGCAGCUGAGCGUGUGGUGAAGUAUCUAAACUCUCACCCAAGCAUUGGAGUUCAAUACUCCGCAUCUGCACAGGUGAAGCAGAAAGGGGUUGAGGUGCUGAAAGAGAAAGGGGAGAGGCUUGGAGAAGGCAAGCUUUUUCUCACUUGCUUUACCGAUGCUACGUGGGCCUCUGAGAAGGAGGAUUCCUCAUCUGUGGGAGGAUACAUCUGCGUAGUUGGGGGAGGACCGGUUAGUUGGAGGUCAAAGAAGCAGACGGAGACAGCACUCUCGUCCGUGGAGUCAGAGUACAUGGCAAUGUUUCAUGGGGUGAAGGAGGUGAUUUGGCUGAGGAGGCUGUUGGAGGAGAUUGGCCAGGAGCAAAAGGUUGCUACACCGCUGUUUUGUGAUAGCAAGGGAGCUCUUGGGAUGGCCAGGAACGCUGUGCUUCAUGGGCUCAAUAAGCACAUGCGUAUCAAGUGGCACUGGCUGCGUAAGGAGGUGAAGAGAGGGACGGUGAAUCCGAUCUACAUCAAGACUCACCAGCAGCCAGCAGACUUCCUCACCAAGAGGCUUGCGGAUGAGCCUCAUUGGCGUUGUGUGCGCAUGAGUGGAAUGAGCAUGAACUAG